CUCACACUUAACCUUCUCAUUUCUCCUUCCAUUCUCUUUUUUUUUUCCUUUGUUGUGAUCCCUUCCCUCUACUUGAUCUAGUUCUAAUAUCAACCCACCAAGAAAAAGAGAAGAGAAAAAAGGAAUCUAGCUUUACUUUAAGAAUUUUGAAGAAUAAAAUCAAUUAAAGAGUUCACCAUGGUUUUUUCCUCCAUCCAAGCUUAUCUUGAUUCCUCCAACUGGCAACAAGCUCCUCCAAACAACUAUAACCAGGGCGGCGAAGUAGCCUCAGCAACCGGCGGUCAUGGUCUCGGUCCUCAGCUGCAGCCACUAUCUCAGCCGCAGGCUAACGGUAGCGGAAGCAGUGGCUCGAUCCGUCCAGGAUCGAUGGUGGAUAGAGCAAGACAAGCAAACGUAGCCAUACCUGAAGCCGCACUGAAAUGUCCAAGAUGCGAAUCCACCAACACCAAGUUCUGCUACUUCAACAACUACAGCCUCACUCAGCCACGCCACUUUUGCAAAACCUGCCGAAGAUAUUGGACACGUGGUGGUACCCUCCGCAACGUCCCCGUUGGUGGUGGCUUCCGGAGAAACAGGCGUACUAAAAGCAGCAGCAACAACAACACUAGCACCGCCACUAGCAACAACACAAGCUUCUCCUCGGCGGCCUCAGGGAAUGCAUCAUCCACCAUCAGCGCGAUACUCUCCUCUAACUAUGGAGGAAACCAAGAGAGUUUCUUGAGCCAGAUUUUGUCUCCAAUGAAGCUAAUGAACACUACUUAUACUACAGAUAAUAGUAUGAACUUGUUGAACUGUGGAGGAUUGAGCCAAGUCCAAAUGGGAACCUCUGGUGGCUCGCUUAUGAGCUUUGUUGAUGAGUGGAGAUCAACGUCUAAUCAUCAGCAGGCGCCGCAGAGUUUGGGAGGUGGAAACUGUGAUGAUUCUUCUAAUCCUAAUCAAUCUUCAAAUGGCUUUUACCCUUUUGAAUCACCGAGGAUGACUUCUGCUUUAGCGUCGCAGUUUUCUUCGGUUAAAGCUGAAGAUAAUCCUUACAAAUGGGUUAAUGUCAAUGGUAAUUGCUCUUCCUGGACUGAUCUUUCUACUUUCGGCUCUUCUCGUUGAGUUCAACAAAAAAAAAAGGAAAAAGGAAGAAAAAAGGGUACUUAUUGAUGAAAAACCCUAGUAAGAGAUUAACUGUCUUGUUUUACGUUUUUGUUUAGUUUAUGUUGUUUACUACUUCCUUCUUUGUCGAUCUAUGAUUCUACGUACGUAGCUUAAGUUAUUGGGUGUGUCUGAGACUGUUCCUUUGUUCUUUUUGUCAACACUGUUUCUUUGUUAUAAUUGAGUUUGAUACAUCUGGUCUUGGUGUCUUAAAUGGAUCUGUAUCUGUCAAAUUAUUA